GGCCGGGCCGGGCCGGGCGGGAAACGUUAGGCCGGCGGCCCCUGGGGCGCGGGGGUCGAGCGGGCGGGGAGGGCCCGAGGCGAGCUUUGCCCGGAUGAGGAACAAAGCGGUGGGGCAGGCGCGCGCGCCCCCCGCGCGACCGGCAGGUCGGGCAGCCUCCCUCCCGAAGCUUCUGGAGGAAAAGUCCCGGGUGUCCCUCGGCAUGCCCCAUCUCGCGGCGGGGAGCGCGGCCGCCGGCCCUCGGGAGGAGUUGGGCGGCCCUGGGCGGCCGCGGGGCCGAGUGGCCGCGUUUGUGCAGCGGUUGUAAGCAAGAUGCGGUAGCACGUGACCCUGGAACGCAGUCCCUGAUGCCGGUUCCCCGCCACCCGUGUGUUCUUUUCUCUGACACUUGGCCCCAAGCAGAUGCAUCACAGGAUGAAUGAAAUGAACCUGAGCCCAGUGGGGAUGGAGCAGCUGACUUCAUCCUCUGUGAGCAAUGCCUUGCCCGUCUCAGGGAGUCAUCUAGGGUUGGCUGCUUCACCCAGUCACAAUGCCAUCCCUGCUCCAGGUCUGCCAGUGGCAAUUCCAAACCUGGGUCCCUCCCUGAGCUCUUUGCCUUCUGCUUUAUCUCUGAUGCUCCCAAUGGGUAUUGGGGAUCGAGGGGUGAUGUGCGGGUUGCCUGAAAGAAACUACACCCUACCUCCACCACCUUACCCCCACCUGGAGAGCAGUUACUUCAGAACUAUUCUACCUGGCAUUUUAUCUUAUUUAGCUGACAGACCACCUCCUCAGUAUAUCCACCCUAACUCUAUAAAUGUUGAUGGUAAUACAGCAUUAUCUAUCGCCAAUAACGCUUCAGCUCUAGAUCCCUAUCAGUCCAAUGGAAAUGUUGGAUUAGAACCAGGGAUUGUUUCAAUAGACUCUCGCUCUGUGAACACACAUGGUGCCCAAAGUCUUCACCCCAGUGAUGGCCAUGAGGUGGCCUUGGACACAACAAUCACUAUGGAGAACGUCUCUAGGGUUACCAGCCCAAUCUCUACAGAUGGAAUGGCAGAAGAACUUACAAUGGAUGGUGUUGCAGGCGAGCAUUCACAAAUCCCAAAUGGCUCCAGAAGUCACGAACCUCUGUCUGUAGAUUCUGUGAGCAACAACCUUGCAGCAGACACUGUAGGACAUGGUGGUGUGAUACCCAUUCAUGGGAAUGGCCUAGAGCUCCCUGUGGUCAUGGAGACAGACCAUAUUGCAAGUCGGGUCAACGGGAUGUCUGACAGUGCCCUCAGUGACUCCAUUCACACCGUGGCCAUGAGCACCAACUCUGUAAGCGUGGCACUCUCUACCUCACACAACCUCGCCUCCCUAGAAUCUGUUUCCCUUCAUGAAGUUGGCCUAAGCCUAGAACCUGUGGCUGUCUCCUCCAUCACCCAGGAGGUUGCUAUGGGGACAGGUCAUGUAGAUGUAUCUUCAGACAGUCUUUCUUUUGUACCACCUUCACUGCAAAUGGAAGACUCCAAUUCAAAUAAGGAAAAUAUGGCAACCUUGUUUACAAUUUGGUGCACUCUCUGUGACCGAGCUUAUCCCUCAGACUGUCCCGAUCACGGACCAGUGACUUUUGUUCCUGACACUCCAAUAGAGAGCAGAGCAAGGCUUUCUCUCCCCAAGCAGCUUGUUCUCCGCCAGUCAGUUGUGGGAGCAGAAGUUGGUGUGUGGACUGGAGAAACCAUUCCUGUGCGGACUUGCUUUGGGCCUCUCAUUGGCCAACAGAGCCACUCCAUGGAAGUAGCGGAAUGGACAGACAAGGCAGUCAACCAUAUCUGGAAGAUAUACCACAAUGGUGUCCUAGAAUUCUGCAUCAUUACAACUGACGAAAAUGAAUGUAAUUGGAUGAUGUUUGUGCGCAAAGCCAGGAACCGGGAAGAGCAGAAUUUGGUGGCUUAUCCCCAUGACGGAAAAAUCUAUUUCUGCACCUCACAAGAUAUCCCUCCCGAAAAUGAACUGCUUUUUUACUAUAGCCGUGAUUAUGCUCAGCAGAUGGGUGUUCCCGAACACCCAGAUGUGCACCUCUGUAACUGUGGCAAGGAGUGCAAUUCCUAUACAGAGUUCAAAGCUCACCUUACCAGCCACAUCCAUAACCAUCUUCAUAGCCAGGGCCACAGCAGCAGCCAUGGGCCAAGCCACAGCAAAGAAAGGAAGUGGAAGUGCUCAAUGUGCCCCCAGGCUUUUAUCUCUCCUUCCAAACUUCAUGUCCACUUUAUGGGUCACAUGGGUAUGAAGCCCCACAAGUGUGAUUUCUGUAGCAAGGCUUUUAGUGAUCCCAGCAACCUGCGGACUCACCUCAAGAUACAUACAGGUCAGAAGAACUACAGAUGUACUUUGUGUGACAAGUCUUUCACCCAGAAGGCUCACCUAGAGUCCCACAUGGUUAUCCACACGGGUGAGAAGAAUCUCAAGUGUGAUUACUGUGACAAGUUGUUUAUGCGGAGACAGGACCUCAAACAGCAUGUGCUCAUCCACACGCAAGAACGCCAGAUCAAGUGUCCUAAGUGUGAUAAGCUGUUCUUGAGAACAAAUCACUUGAAGAAGCAUCUCAAUUCUCACGAGGGAAAACGGGAUUAUGUCUGUGAAAAAUGUACAAAGGCUUAUCUUACCAAAUAUCAUCUCACCCGCCACCUGAAAACCUGCAAAGGUCCCACCUCCAGUUCAUCAGCACAAGAGGAGGAGGAAGAUGAUGACUCGGAGGAGGAAGAACUAGCGGACUCCGUGGGGACGGAGGACUGUCGGAUCAGCAGUGCCAUGUAUUCAGCAGAUGACACUCUCUCGGCGCCUAAGUAAAAAGCCAACAGUUUUGGAUGGAAAAUGCAAAAGGGAAAAACAUGCAACCGCUUAUCCACUACAGUGGUUUUUAUAUAAAAUGCUUUCUGAUUUUCUUCCAGCCAACAGUCAAAGCAGACUGAAUGGGAAUGGAUAAAGCACUUACAGAAGAGCAUCCUAAUGAAAACACUGUAGAACAGAUUGGGAAAAGAGAGCAGGGUAAACUAUUUUUAAGUGAUGUAUGGGGAAGAAAGUGUCAGCUUCUGGAGUCCAUUCCUUAUUUUCAUGAUAAACUAGGUGAUGCAUUUAUACCUGAGUCAAAGCUGUCCUCCGUCCAGACAAAUCAGAUUUAUUUGAAAUUCUUCCCAUUGUUCCUUUUUCUUCCCGGCCCUGUGAUGUAGUAGCACUCUAAACUUGGUCCCUGUCUCACUGUCAUCCCGAUUGCUGAUUGUGGUUCUGGUGUUGUGUUUUAUGUAGACUGUUGUGACUUAAGUCAUCCCAGAAUGAAUUGGAACACAGCAUUGUAAGCUUAUUGCUUUGACUUAAGCUGACAAGUUUAAAGUACCACCUGCCUUAGUCUCUCUUGGCUACUUGGGAGUUUAGGGUAGAUCUUCCCAGAAUUUCAGCAGAUGCCUCAAGGGCAAAUAAAAAAGAACCAGCCAGGCAACAGGCAAUGGUGGAGGAGAAAAGAAAAGGAGAGACAUCUGGGCCACUGUCCAAAAAAACUAGCUUUGAUGGAAGCCAGUUUGAGACACCUGUCAUUGUUCCUUAGAGAUCUUUGUAGGUUUAGACAUGUCUCUCUCUCUCUCUCUCUCCAGUAAAGCUUCUAGCUUCUAGACAAAGGGGAGCUGGAGGUGUAGUGAGUCAAAUAAUGCCUGUUGGAUUAUCUCCUGACAACAAGCACAUGUGGACUCAGCUGGCAAAGUGGUACCUCGGACUGUAGAAAGAAGGAGGAAAUGAUCCUUUAUAUCUGGCUUAUCCUACGAGAAAGAACAAGACACCAUUAAGAUGCUGCCAGCUCAGAAUGACAAAGGAUUUCAGACAUCAGUGCGUUUGCAAGGUUAGGCCUCGGUUGUCUGUGGUGAAGGAUCUCAUCAGUUAAGCAUGGUGGGUGUUAACGGAUUUCGAAGGUAUGGAAGGCUCGAUGGUCACCACAUGGGUGUGUGUUCAGGGUCCCAGCGUAGUUAAUUAAUCCAUCCAUGUGGUCUUUCACUUGAUCUCACACAUAUAUCCUGCUUUCAGCAAGAAGCAAACACAUUGUUGAGACGACGGUGGAUGGAACAGCUUCUGCUCUAAAGGGCAGCCUCUGGGCUGGAGUAGAGAGGACUCUGGUGGGAGGGUUUUGCUGCUAAUGUAUUUAUGGAAUGAAUGUAUUUCAUUCAAAUCUGUAUUCCUCUAGGAAGGAUUAAAAUAAAAACCUUUUUUAAAAUACA